GUCUUGCUCUGGCUACGGCACCCUGGACAUUGGUACCACUGGCAUAGACUUUGAGAUGUCCUGACACUCAAUACAUAACCACGAACUCAAGAGCACCGAACCUGAUUUGUCAUGGAAGCUCUCUCAUCCCAAGCUAGCUCACUAUUGCGUCGCGACCUUUCCUCGUCUUUGACGGAUUGGAAAGGACUGGGCGAGAUGUUGAUAGAAGAAGAAAACUCUACCUCCUCCGGAUACAGCUGGGCAGCUCCGUCACUGGACAUUGCCCUCUCCCAAGUUGCUUCCGAACAAUCACGAGCUAACUGGAUCGAUGUACUGAAAGCACUCACAGCCUGGGGAGUCAUCGAGUAUGCCUCCGCAAUUGUAGUCAGCCCCUUUGAAGUGGCGACAACGCUGCUGCAGGUGCAAUGGGUUCCGAAGGAUAUGAGCAGACCAACUCUGCUUGGUACCAGGAUCGGCGGACUCGUUGUGAGUCGCCAUGCGAUCCGUGCAGGGAGUGCGGGGGGUAUAUGGGGCAUGAUGAGGGCGCUUGUAGCACACGAAGGAUGGCUAGCACUGCUCAAGGGAUCGCAAGUCGCAGGUCUCAUUGAGAUCCUGUCAACUGUCGCUCAACCAAUCAUUCUCGGUUUGCUCGACUUCUCAGCCGAAGUCGCUGGGAUACCUAUCGGGCAUUCAUCUCUAGUCUUGCAAGUAGCCUCUCACGUCCUGACGGGGCUCUUGCUCUCACCCCUAGAGCUGAUCCGGACACGUCUAAUCGUGCAUUCGUCUGAUCCGAAACUUCGCCCAUCCUCCGGCAUGUGGGAUGAACUCUUGCAGAUACUUCGACAUGAAGGCGGUUGGCCGGGUAUCUAUUUCCAUCCCAAUCUUCUGAUACCGGCACUUCUCGACAAUACCCUGCGGUCCGUCACCUCUAUCGCGCUCCCCGCUGUUCUUGCUCCACACGUGGCCAGUGGUAUGUCCACGAAAGUGCUGUGCGGUUGCGUGGGUUUGCUUGUCACGCUCCCGUUCGAAACCGUGCGGAGAAGAUUGCAGCUGCAGGUCCGCGGGUUCGAGAGAACUAUCGCAACUUCAGUACAGGUACGGCCUGUACCUUACAAUGGUGUCAUUGAUGCGCUAUGGCACAUUGCGACGGAAGAGCGCGCAGAUUUGCCUCUUCACCCGUCGGUUCUGGAAAACGAAUUUGCUAAAGCUCAGUAUCCUGGCGCCGAUGGUGGUAGGUUUAUGGACCGAUUCCCGGGGGUUGGGCAACUUUUCAGGGGCUGGGGAUUGUCUCUACUUGCAAGUAUCGUGUAACAUUUAUAUUGUCUCAUGCUACAUAUUUUAGUUUUCCUUGUGCCUUCCCGUGAAGAAGCGCAUCAAGCAAGAAUGUAUUCCAUAAGCAC